GGCGGCCCGCAGGCGCCCGCGGGCGGGGGCGGCGCCCCGGAGCCGCCCGCCAAGAGGCAGCGCGCGGAGGCCCCGCAGUGGCCCGCCGACGCUUCCCAGGAGGCGCAGGCCAGGGCGCUGCGGGAGGACGAGAUGAGGCUCGCGUUCGGCAUGGACGAGGACGAGGACGACGGCGCCGCCGCGCACGCCGCCCCUGCGGAACCUCCCGCGGGGCCCGCCGAGGCGGCGCACGCGGGCGACGCCGCGGCGGCGGAGCUGGCCGCCGAGGCCGCCACGGAGGCCGCCGAGGCGGCGGAGCCCGCCGCCGAGGCCGCAGGGGAGGCACCCGCCGAGGAGGCACCCGCCGAGGAGGCACCCGCCGAGGAGGCACCCGCCGAGGAGGCACCCGCCGAGGAGGCACCCGCCGAGGAGGCACCCGCCGAGGAGGCACCCGCCGAGGCCGCAGGGGCGGUGGAGCCCGCCGAGGCCGGCAGCGGCGCCGCCGAUGCGGAGGGGGAGGCCCGGCCGGCGAUGGCUGAGCAGCCGGGCGAGGGCGAGGCGGCGCUGUCGGCGCGCGCGCUCGCAGGCAUCACGCGGUCCUUCUCGGAGGAGGUGCCGGGCCUGGAGCUCAGCCCAGCCGCCAGCCCGGAGUACGCCUCCGCCGGCGCCGACGCUGCGGCCGCCGCCGAGGCGACGGAGGCUGCGACGGCGGAGGGCGUCGCGCUGGAGGGUGCCUCCGCGGAGGGCUUCCAGUAGCGAGCACAGGUGCCCAGAUGGCGUGGUCUGCUCGGAGCUCCACGACGCCCGCGGUCCCGUUCGUCGCGGCCCGCGUGGAGCUCCACGACGCGUCCCGCCGCGCUCGCUCGCUCGCGGGCUCGACGGCACCCCCGUCGGUCCGAAAGGGUUGGGGGGCGGACUUCCUCGCGGGGCCUCGGCAGCCAGAAGGGG